CCGAGGGCCGUGACGCCAUCGGCCGGCGCCGGUAGCGCCGCAAGCCGCGGGCGCCGCAGGAGCUGCGUCGCCGUCGCAGUCCCCCCCUCGUAGUUGCCGUAGCUGUUUCCUCGGGUCGUCGGGAAUCAUGGCGACUUCUCUGUGGAAAGGUCUGGUGGGUCUGGGCCUGUUCGCGCUGGCCCACGCCGCCUUCUCUGCUGCGCAACAUCGUUCUUACAUGCGCCUAACAGAAAAGGAGGAUGAAGAUCUGCCCGUCGAUAUCGUCCUGCAAACGCUGAUGGCCUUCGCAGUGACCUGUUACGGUAUAGUCCAUCUUGCAGGGGAGUUUAAAGAUAUGGAUGCUACUUCCGAACUGAAAAAUAAGACGCUUGACACGUUAAGGAACCACCCAUCUUUUUAUGUAUUUAAUCAUCGCGGUAGAGUGUUGUUCCGGUCUCCAGAUAUGGUGUAUUCGUCCAACCAAGAUGCUUUGUUGUCGAGGUCUACAGUGAAGUUACGAAAACUUGAACCUCUGCGUCGUUAAGAUCAUUCCUGUUACAAUAACCCGGAAAACGGAGAUAUAAUAUCGGAGUUUGGGGUAUAAACCAGUUUUUAAAAUAUCUACCGCAGACUUUAUACUAUUAAAUAUAACCAAGGACUUUGUUUGUACACUGUUAAUGAAAUGGCUGAAUUGUGACUCGGCAAUGCAGUAUAUAAGUUAUUGCGACAAUUAUGCUGUGAAACGUGACUGACCUUUCAUACUUUAAACACUGUUUCAGUUGAUUUUUUUUUUCCAGUUAAAAAAACAAACUCAUUUCUAAAAGUCAGACACUUGAAAAAUUUCAUCGAAGAACAAUGGGAGUGUUUUAUAGCAAUUUAUUUCCCAUGGUUUGCUUACACGACAAUUUUAAGGAUUUUUUGUGUGUAUGUGUGGAAAUACUGUGUGGACUACUGAAUUUUGCGUCAAAAGGUUGGAAAAGGCUGUUGGUCUUCAGUUUUUAGGGUUAAAUGUGCUGUGACUGCUUAACUGCUGUGGUCCUUUGAAACCAAAAUGGUGGCUCUUCGAGUUUUUUUUCCUGACCCUUCAAAAGUGGCUAAACGUAAAGUUCCUUUCAGUUUUAUCAGUGACUUUCUCCUCCCUUUUCACACCUCCAAGCUGCACCUCCAUCAAUCGAAGAUAACUGUCAUGUUAUUCUCUAACCUCUCUGGAACUUUAUUCAAAUAUGCUGUUUUACUGGGCACUUUUUUGGCAGAGAUUAUUUGCCCUAACAGAAAUUUAUCUAACAAGCGCAACUUGCUUAAAGGUUCACUACUCUAAUCAACAUGACAUGAUAUGAUAUGCCUGAUAGGAAUGCAGAGUAGAAUAAGCAGCUGAAGCAGAAAACGACAGCCCCAACAACCUACAGAUGGCAGCAGCAGCUUGGCAGAGGAGAAGGCCCUGUUCCAUGUGAUAUGAUGCAGAGGGGAUGGAGCAGCUGCUGACAUGGAAUGGAAUGGCAGCAGCAUGGGGGACUCUGGGAGCACACUGAAGAGACUGAGAUAUGGAACUGAGAAGCAGAAGCACAGCUAUUUGCUGGGAGACAGAACCUGGAGACGUGUUCUAGCUAUAAUGCAACCUUCCUCAUCUUGGAGUUCCAUUUGUAUUCCCUUCCCCACCAGAGUGGAAAUCGGAGAUAGUGUAUUUUGUGUGUAUGAAGGGUGGGGCUGAGAUUGAUUCUACUACUUUAUUUUCCCUUAUUUUCUUUGCUUUUCUUUUCCAAUUAAAUGCUUUGCUAUUUAGUUUAAA